UUUCCCGGCAUGCACUGGGCUCGCUGCAGUUUAGGCCACGUCCUCGGGCCACGUAGCUCGGCGCUCGCCAUUUUAACGGAUUAAACUGAGCGGCGGUAGCAGUAGGAGUCAGUGCCGGCUGCCCGUGAAGACGUGCUUACUCAUUCACCGACAUGAACAUCUUUAGGUUAACUGGGGACCUGUCCCACCUGGCGGCCAUCAUCAUCCUUCUGCUCAAGAUAUGGAAGACCCGGUCCUGUGCCGGUAUUUCGGGGAAGAGUCAGCUCCUGUUUGCCUUGGUGUUCACUACUCGGUACCUGGAUCUCUUCACAGCUUUCAUAUCACUGUACAACACAUCUAUGAAGCUUAUCUACGUUGCCUGUUCAUACGCCACAGUCUAUCUGAUAUACAUGAAGUUCAAGGCGACCUAUGAUGGAAAUCACGACACAUUCCGGAUGGAGUUUCUUGUUGUACCUGUUGGGGGGUUAGCGGUGCUGGUCAAUCACGACUUUUCCCCUCUAGAGAUCCUGUGGACCUUCUCGAUCUACCUGGAGUCUGUGGCCAUCCUGCCUCAGCUCUUCAUGAUCAGUAAAACGGGUGAAGCGGAGACAAUCACCACACACUACCUGUUCUUCCUUGGCUUGUACCGUGCCUUGUAUCUAUUCAACUGGAUUUGGCGCUACUCGUUUGAAGGCUUCUUUGAUCUUAUUGCAAUAGUGGCUGGAGUGGUGCAAACUAUCUUGUACUGUGACUUCUUCUACUUGUAUUUUACAAAAGUACUAAAGGGCAAGAAGUUGAGUUUGCCAGCGUAAGUGCCAUAGAUUGUAACCAGCUGUCCCUUACACCAGUUGGACAGAACAAUCAUUACCACGAGCAAGAAGUAAGAUGCCUGAAGCAGUCAGAAACAAUUGUAUAUGCAGAACCAGUCAGAAUUUGUGCUGCCUUAGGAGCCAGAACAUCAUCCAGUGGCCGAUAACACCAACAGCGAAAUGGUGACGGCAACCGCGACAGACCAGCUGACUUGUUUUACGCAUCUUGCCUUUCCUGUUUUUUAUUAUGAUGUAUAAAGGUUUUUUUACAUAAAAAAGGUUUCCUGUAUUGAUCAAUUCAAUGCACCGUUUCAGUUUAAUAGUUGUAAAAGUGAGAUUUUUUUUUUUGGUGAAGUUUACAACUUGGUACAAGUGCAGAUCCCCCCACCCCUUUAAAAAUUCCCUCCACGCAGCAAUUUUUUUCUUUUUAACCUGGAUAUGUUUGUUCCCCUCCCCCUUCCUUGCGGUUUCAUUGCUAGUUUAUAUGUUCUUGAUUGGACAAUUUGUGCCUAUUUUAAUUCCAAAUUUUUCCUCCGUCAUUCCACUAAUUUAUUUUGCCCAAAUUUUUUUUUAAAACCUUCAUUUUUUGAUUCUUCUGAAAUGAUCCAUGUAUGUCUUGUCUAUAAACCAUUUUUUUUUUCUCUCCUUAUCUUAUACUAUUCCUAAUGUGAGGAAAUGUCCCUUUUUUUUUUUUUUUGCUUUUCUGUCUUUUUAAAGCACAACAAUACCAGACUUUUUUUUAUUUUUUUUCCAAAAUAAAGAUGGUCAAAUACAUGGUGGCUUGUCGAAAAACUUCCCUACAGGUUCUAAUUGACCAAAAACAAAUUGUAUAUUGGCAUUUUGAUAUCUAGGCUUUACAGAAGUGUUACUGCUCUAGAAGAGAUGAGGUUCACUGUAGACAAAUUCAUGAAAGAGAAAAUAUAUUCUUGUUUUAUAGGAAACAUUAAUCUUUCAUUAAAGGGGAAAAAAUUAUAAAGGAGUCUCUCAGUUCUUAUUAUAAAUGCAUUUUGCCUAUUUCGUCUGAGUAUCUGAGUUAUGAAGAUAAGUUUAUUGGAUGUAUUUGCAGAAUUUAUUUUGUGUUUCUCUAGGUCUUAAAGGGUCAGUGUACUCAGCUAAGCAGGUGUGAAGAUUUCAUUGUAUUCAAAGCUGCUUCCCCAAAACCCUUUCAUACACUGGUCUCUCUCCCAUCCCCCAAGGACACUGAUUUCUGCUGCUGCUUUUUGCUAAUUUGUCUUUUCUAUAGCCAUUGCUGCAGUACUACAAUUUAUAGUAUAGAUGGAGGUUUCAACAGGCAAAAGCUAUAUACAAUUUGAUAUACUCCAGCAGGUAAAAUGGAUAUUUGGAAAAAUAUUAAAGGGGAGAAUGUCCCUUUAAGACUUGGUGACACUAAACUUGCAUAUUUUAGGUCUUUGUUCUUGGUCCCUGCAGUAAUUAUUAAAAAACAUUUUUUAAAUAUUUUAUUGGUGUAAUAGCUUUGUCUGAAAAAAAUAAAACCAAUCGUUUUUUUUUG